CCGGAGAUUCCGCGUGCCUGCCGCCCUCUCGCUGGGAUCGCCCCUUCAGGCCCUCAGUCCGUCCGCUGGGGGCGCGCGCAGUGCGUGGCUGGUGGCAGCGGCGCCGGCGGCUGAGAGCGCGGGCCGUGUGGCCGUGCGUGGUUGCUAGGGGCGCCUGAGGCUGCCCGCUCGCCCGGAAGGCCAAGGGAGGAAGCACCCCGGAGCCGGCGCCCAGCCGGGGCGAAGCUGAGUCCGCUGGGCUGCCGGACCUCAAGGAUGCGGCUACUGCUGGUGGAGGUACGAGGCACCUUACCUGAGCUGGGCCAUGAGGCCGCGUGGCCGUGAUGUGGGCUCCUCAUGGCCUCAGCAAGAACAGAGCACUACAGUAUUGGCCUCCGCCAGGGAAACAGCUUUAAGUCGAGUGGGCCCUCAGGCACAGUGCCUACCCCGCCGCCAGAGAAACCCUCUGAGGGCAGAGUCUGGGCUCAGGCUCAUCAGCAGGUGAAGCCAAUCUGGAAGCUGGAGAAGAAGCACGUGGGAACACUGUCAGCAGGGUUGGGCCCAGGCCUCUUGGGUGUCCCACCGCAGCCCGCAUACUUCUUUUGCCCCAGCACUUUAUGUAACUCCGGGACCACGGCUGUCAUUGCAGGCCACAGCAACUCCUGUUACCUGCACUCCCUCCCGGACCUGUUCAGCAGCACCCUGCUCUACCGCCGCUCCAACUACGGCCACAGACCAUACCAGCAGCUGGAGUCUUUCUGCUUGCGUUCAAGCCCGUCAGAAAAAAGACCUUUUUCUCUCCCUCAAAAGAGCCUCCCUAUCAGACUCACUGCCAAUAAGGCCACUUCUUCCAAGGUCUCCCCCAUGGCAUCCUCAUCCACAGAACCAUACCUCUCACUGGGAGCGGCUGGGGAAAAUCCUUCAGGGAAGAGCCUGGCCUCUGCCAUCUCAGGGAAGACCCCGUCUCCACUCUCCUCUUCUUCCUCUUCCUACAAGCCCAUGCUAAAUAACAACUCCUUCAUGCGGCCAAAUAGCACUAAAGUGCCUUUAUUGCAGGCCACAGAAGGCCUGAAGCCAGUAUCCUCACCGAAGGUCCAGCUUGUCUCCUGGCAUCAUUCAGGGGGCACUGGAGACUGUGCACUCCAGCCUGUUGAGCACAAGGUGCCCAAGAGCAGUGGCACUGUCCUAGAUGAUGACCCUUCCCACAGCACCCUGUCUACCCCCAGUUCCUUAGACGCUUCCACCACCAGUGCUGCCUCUCCCCACUACAGCUGGAGUAACUUAGCCACAGGGGCAGAGCCACAUCCCUAUGGCCUGAAUGGGGACUCUGUUUCCCAGAAUCUGACUAAGGAGGUUCUGUUCACUGAGGCCGUGAGGAAGUUGACUGCAAGAGGCUUUGAGAAGAAGCCAAGGCAAGGCUACCAUUUUGAACAGUCUUAUUUCAUGAACCCCAGCUUGCAGUGGGAUGUCCUCAACAGGAACAGGUGGUGGAAACCAGCUGUGGUAGGCCAGCAGCUCCCUCAGGAGAAUGCUGGAGCAGACAGUAGGGUCCUCCCUGGAGCCUCGGACACCAUGGAGCUGGACAGUACAGUCUUCUGUACCAAACACAUCAGCAUUCACCUCCUUGCCUCACACGCCAGUGGGCUCAGCUGCAGCCCUGCCUGUGGAUCUGCAAUCGACUCCCCACCUCUUGGAGAAGACAAAACUCCAGCUCUGCCUUCUCCCUCUCAGCCCCUUGGCGUGGCCGAGGUGGCCACCCGCCUCUCUUCCAUCCAUCUGGGCAAGCUUGGGAGGGAGGAGCCUAAGGAAGCCAGGAAGCUGGACUCACCUGCUAGGGAUAUUGGUUCAGCUACUGACCUCCAGCUAGACCAGGCUGAAGCUGAAGAUCUGGAAGAAGAGCUAAUAGAUGGUUUGGAAGACUGCUGCAACCAUGAUGAGAAUGAAGAGGAGGGAGACUCAGAGUGCUCCUCAUGCAAUGCUGUUUCCCCCAGCGAGUCAGUAGCAGUGAUCUCUCGGAACUGUAUGGAGAUUCUGACCAAACCCCUUUCCAAUGAGAAAGUUGUCCGACCAGCCCUCAUCUACAGUCUCUUUCCCAACGUGCCCCCUACCAUCUAUUUUGGCACUCUGGAUGAGAGAGUGGAGAAACUUCCCUGGGAGCAGAGGAAGCUGCUCCGGUGGAAGAUGAGCACAGUGACCCCCAACAUUGUCAAGCAGACCAUUGGACGGUCCCACUUCAAAAUCAGCAAGAGGAAUGAUGACUGGCUGGGCUGCUGGGGUCACCACAUGAAGUCUCCUAGUUUCCGAUCCAUUCAGGAGCAUCAGAAGCUAAAUCACUUCCCAGGUUCAUUCCAGAUUGGGCGAAAGGACCGACUGUGGCGGAACCUGUCCCGCAUGCAGAGCCGGUUUGGCAAGAAGGAGUUCAGUUUCUUCCCCCAGUCCUUCAUCCUGCCCCAGGAUGCCAAGCUUCUGCGCAAAGCCUGGGAGAGCAGCAGCCGCCAAAAGUGGAUUGUUAAACCACCAGCAUCUGCUCGAGGCAUUGGCAUCCAGGUCAUUCACAAGUGGAGUCAGCUCCCCAAGCGAAGGCCCCUUCUGGUACAGAGGUAUCUCCACAAACCCUACCUCAUCAGCGGCAGCAAGUUCGAUCUGCGAAUCUAUGUUUACGUCACCUCCUAUGAUCCUCUACGGAUUUACCUCUUUUCAGAUGGACUCGUCCGCUUUGCCAGUUGCAAGUAUUCCCCUUCCAUGAAGAGCCUUGGCAACAAGUUCAUGCACCUGACCAACUACAGUGUCAAUAAAAAGAAUGUCGAGUAUCAGGCCAAUGAAGAUGAAACGGCCUGCCAGGGCCACAAAUGGGCACUGAAGGCUUUAUGGAGCUACCUGAGCCAGAAGGGAGUCAACAGUGAUGCCAUCUGGGAGAAGAUAAAGGACGUUGUUGUCAAAACGAUCAUCUCGUCAGAACCCUAUGUGACCAGCCUGCUGAAGAUGUACGUGCGGCGGCCCUACAGCUGCCACGAGCUCUUCGGUUUUGACAUCAUGCUAGAUGAGAACCUCAAGCCCUGGGUCCUGGAAGUCAACAUCUCCCCAAGCCUCCACUCCAACUCUCCACUGGACAUCAGCAUCAAAGGCCAGAUGAUCCGUGACCUUCUGAACCUGGCUGGCUUUGUUCUGCCCAGCGCAGAGGAUAUCGCUUCCAGCUGCAGCAGCUCCAGCAGCUCCACCACCUCCACCACCUCCACCACCAGCCUGCCCAGCUCCCCCAGGGACAGAUGUCGAAUGGCCCCGGAGUACUUCACUGCACAGAAGAUGAAGAAAGCCUAUUACCUGACCCAGAAAGUUCCUGAUCAGGACUUCUACUCAUCUGUGCUGGAUGUCCUGACGCCAGAUGAUGUUCGUGUUCUGGUUGAGAUGGAGGAUGAGUUUUCUCGCCGUGGUCAAUUUGAACGAAUUUUUCCUUCUCGAAUCUCUUCUCGCUAUCUCCGCUUUUUUGAGCAGCCACGAUAUUUCAACAUUCUCACCACCCAGUGGGAACAGAAGUACCAUGGCAACAAGCUCAAAGGAGUAGAUCUGCUUCGGAGUUGGUGCUACAAAGGGUUCCACACAGGAGCCAUCUCUGAUUCUGCUCCAGUGUGGACUCUCCCGACAUCAAUUCUGACUGUCCCAAAGGGUGAUGUGACACUCAAUGAUUUCUCCAAAUCGGAGACUGGCAAGCUGGGAAAACAUGGCUCCUCCAAGGGAAGCAUACCACUCUCUGAAGAUGGAACCAUGCCCAAGCCCACGGAGACCCAAGCUGGCCUUUCCCCUUUCCCCAGGAAAUGCAGUUCCUCAAAGGACAGUGAGGACACCAGCCAAGAGCCCAGCCUCUCCACCCAGUCGUUACCCUUGAUCAAGUACUCUGGGCAGACUUCAAGGCUUUCUGCCUCCCCCACCUCCCAGUCAGCUGGUGACUCCCUCCUGGCUGCUGUGAGCCUGUGAUGGACCUGUCUCCACCAGCCCCUGCCCAGGCACACCAGCGUUAGCUACCUCAUGGGAACCGGCCGGCCAGCCGGCCAGCCUGAGCUCCCACCCCUCCACCUCGCUUCCCCCCAGAGUAUUUUUUGAAGUGGUUGAGUUAUAGAGGGGGGUGUCUGGCGGACUGGAGGGGUGGUGGGGAGGGGGACAAGGUGAGGAAGGUUCACUGGCUGGCACCUCAUAUCUCAGCGGAGAAACCAAUGAUGGCCACUCAGCCUUAUAAAGCAGAGUUUGGUUUCUACUUUUAGAGAGCCAUGUGUGGUUUGUUUUAGGCCUUGGUGCGGUGACUGAGUUAUGGCUCAAGAGGAGAAAACAUACUGAACAUAUUCAGGCCUGAAGUCCCUUGCUCUCUAUAUAAUUGAGGAGGUUCCUCUGAGGGUCCUUGUUUCCUCAGGUCUCACCCUCCCGCCUCCCCAACCCCCUGUCCUGAGGAGUCACUUUCAGAAGCCUUUGGACCUCCUCAGUAGAUAAGCAGGCAGAGGCCAUGACAUGCUGAACCCAUUUCCUAUUGUCCUAGUCUUGCAGGCAUCCCUACCUCCAGACCAUUUCUCCUUUCAUAUACCCACCCAGCCAGCAGCCCUAGGUCUUCCUAUUCUGACCUCACAUCACUACUUGUUCCACCUUCUAGACUUCUCUCUCAUGGAUGUUACCCCUUCAGCUCUUGUCUCCCUGUGAGGUGAGAGGUUUUAUGAACUUUGUGAAUUUCCCAUGGCUGCAGUAAAGGAGCCCGUAUAAUCCCACUUGCUGUUGCCGUCUGGGUCCAUAUAUCAAAGGACGCAAUCCAAGGGGAGGGUGGAAGGAGCUGUGGUUCCCCCUUCACUCUCUCUGGUGUUCGGGGUCUGGCUCACAGGUCGCUAGGGCAUGCAGACUCUGGUGGCCUGGAGGGCGGGUUUCAGCAGCAGCCAGCAUUGUAGGAUGGGCUUCCAGUCAGGCUCCUGACUAAACCUUGUACUCUGAACUGGAUCUCCCUCCCCAAGACUCAGUAAACAGUGAGUGUUCGAUAAAUGUUGACCACGUGAACUGUAUGUACAGAGGUCUCACAGGACACAAACACCGAAACCAGAAGCUCUGCCUCUCUCUCUCCCGGGCCCAGGGGGAAGCCAAGGUGGGAUCAGAAAGGUUGUUUUCACUUGAACGAUGCUCCUCCUUAACCUGGCACUUCCUGGUUGCUGCUCGCCCCCUCCCCAGCCCUACAAUCCCUUUACUUCAUUUCAUUUUUCUAUCAGCGGGGCCCAACAAGAAGCCAACUGGCCCCUUGACUCAGUUACCCAGGUUUUCCCUUUGGCGCAUCAGGCAGGAUGCUCUGCUCACGGUCUGACCCCAGGCUUUCUCUGCCUUCAUUCUUGAGCUUGGGAGAGGUAUCCUGCUUUGUGGCUCCAGGAGUUCUGUGGUGAGUUGGGAGGGAGCCCUGGAAAAAUCACUGAGAGGCCUGACUGCGUUCAAGGCCACACAGUUGAUGUGUGAAGUUGUGAAGAAAACUUGAUGGCAAAGUCCUGGGUCACUGCUGUGCAGUGGUAAGGACUUCAAAGUCAGGUCCGCAGGAGAGGUCCUUGACAGACCUGUUAAAUCUCUUCUGCUAGACUUGAAGCCAACUCCCUCUUGUCCUGCAAGAGUGGGUGCAGUAUUCUAGUGCAAAUGUCAAACCUUGUGAUGAGGGCAAGAAGCAGCCUUCCUAGGAAAAUUAGCCACGUGCUUAAGCAGUUUUGUUGUGACUCAUCCUCUGGUGCAGAGGCUUAGGUGUGGAGGCCUGACUGAGCUGUGCCACUCCCUGGAAACCAGUUUCAAUACUUUGCCUUCCGAGAAUCCCCAGAUGGACAGCACAACUAUUCCCAUCCCCGUAACUGGAGAAGGGACCGGCUCUGCAGCAUGAUGGGAAGCAGGGGAGUGGGCUGUGGGGAAAUUAAAUGAGUGAUGGAAGUAGAGUGUUCUUAGUAGCUUCAAACAUGUUUAUACUUGUAAAGUUUUCAUCACCUUUGACUAUCUGGGGUGUGUGUGUGUGUGUGUUGCUGGAUUGG